GAAGUGACAGUUGCCUUGGUAACAGCGUGGUGUUGUUUGAGGAAAUGAAAGAGCGGAGUAAAGCAUGGCUGUUCAACGCUGGGCAGAUACUCUGAGGAAAGCCAAAAAAACUGCCUUAAUAUCUGAUGGUAAAAUGAAAGUACAUUAUCUGUUUGAGGAUGGAAAUGAGAUGGCUGAGGAGUAUGAUCUGAAAACAGAUGAACUUGUCUUGCGUAAUUGGCAAUGUAAAACCGCUAUUGGAGGUCAGGGGCAGUGGACAUUGGAAGUAGGCGAUAUAAGCCCAAACCCUGUUACCACUGAUUUAAUAAAAGAAAACAGUUCAAAUCCACUGUUUAUGCGCAAGGACACUAAAACCAGUUACCAGUGGAGGAUCCGUAAUAUUUCUUACCCUACUGAAAUAUACAGUGUGUCAGUAGAGCCGAUGGAAAGAUGUUGUGUCAUCCAGACCUCAAACAAAAAGUACUAUAAGAAGUUCAGUAUUCCAGAUCUCGACCGUUGCCAGCUGCCUCUGGAGAGCACGGCCUUGAGCUUUACCCACGCCAACAACACUUUAAUCGUCAGCUACAAGAAGCCCAAAGAGAUUUUAACACUGGAACAGGAGCUGGUCGGGGAACUGAAGAAACUGAAGGGGACAAAUGAAGGAGAUAUUGACUGUAAAACUCAGUGAACUGCGGUGGAUGUGCACUAAUUGUAUUUGUCUGCAUGCGGUUCUUCACGUUCAAUUUGGUUCAGUGUCUUACGUUGGCAUGUUUCUGUCAGUCCUGUGCAUCCAAGCAACCCACUUUAAAUUACUCCUCUCUAUUGUUGGUCCUGACUUCAGUUGAGAUUCUCUGGCAGCCCAUUGAGUGUCUUUGCAGCUGUUAUUCAGAAGCGUGACUGAGUGUAAAUAUACAGUAUAUAUAUUUUUUUCUGUUCUGCUAAUUAUGUUCCUAAUAUUGCUCUCAGAGUUGGAUCAUUAAUUUCAUUGAAAUAAAAUAUAAAAAUGACU